UUGGCGGUACAGUUGGGAGUUCAAAGUUCAAGUUACAGUAAAAAUAGGGUUUUCGCUAGUUACUGCUUGUGAGCUAACAGGAAAAAAGAAGAACUCGUCUUGAAGAGGACGUGUUUCUCGGUUACCACCGCAGCGAAAACCGACCGAGGAACCCCCAAAUGGCCCUCAGCUAGUCGGUGCCCGCUCUCACUCUGUUGUUGGUGGAUUUACAGACGACGGCUAGCUGGGUGCUAAGGUUAGCACGCAAGCUUGCCAAAUAGGCACAUAGCAACUGCUGCUAGCUAUCGUCACUGGACUGGUACUGUUAAGUCUGGAGCUAUGUUCGUGCAGGAGGAAAAAAUAUUUGCCGGCAAAGUGCUGAAAAUACACAUCUGCACCAUGGACGGCACGGAGUGGUUGGAGGAGGUCACGGAAGACACGACUGUUGAGAAACUAAAGGAGAGGUGCUUGAAACAUUGUGUACAUGGAAGUCUAGAAGAUCCCAAAACCCUUACACAUCAUAAACUUAUUCAUGCUGCUACAGAAAGAGUCCUCUCUGACACAAAAACUGUUGCUGAUGAAAAUCUCAAAGAUAAAGAUGUUUUGCUGCUCAUAAAGAAAAGACCGCCACCAACCCCUCCAAAGACGGCUGACGUUAGUUCAGAAGACAAGAAGAAACAAGAAAACAAAGCUCCAGAUAAAGAUGCUAUUCUGAAAGCCACCGCCAGCCUAUCCACACGCCACACAGACCGUACUGUUACGCAACACAACAUCAGAGAUUUUCAAACAGAGCUCAGAAAAAUCCUGGUUUCUCUUAUUGAAGUCGCACAGAAGCUUCUUGCCUUGAACCCUGAUGCUGUCGAACUGUUCAAAAAGGCAAAUGGUAAAGUGGAAUCCCUUAAACCUUUAACCCAUUUUCCAGUGGAAAAACUGGGUCUGUCACACAUGUCAGUGACCCAGGCUAUGGAGUGGCUGAUUGAGCAUGUAGAUGACCCCUCUGUGGACACGCCGCUACCAGGCCAGGACUCUUCUGGGGCAGCAGGAGCUACGGCAGCUGCCACUCCAGGCCCCCCUGCUUCAGCUUCUGCUUCAGCCUCUGGUCCUAAUCCUCACCGCAGCCUAUCCAGCCAGUCGAGCACAGACGAGAGCAACAAGCAGGAUGAACUCACAGAGAUCUUCAAGAGGAUCCGCAGGAAAAGGGAGUUCAGACCAGAUUCAAGGGCCGUCAUUGCAUUGAUGGAGAUGGGCUUUGAUGAAAAGGAGGUGAUCGAUGCUCUGAGAGUCAAUAACAACCAACAGGAUGCAGCGUGCGAGUGGCUGUUGGGAGACAGGAAACCUUCUCCAGAAGAUCUGGACAAAGGCAUCGACACCAACAGCCCACUGUUUCAAGCCAUCCUGGAAAAUCCAGUCGUCCAGCUGGGUUUAACCAAUCCCAAAACUCUUCUAGCGUUUGAAGACAUGCUGGAGAAUCCUCUGAACAGCACCCAGUGGAUGAACGAUCCCGAGACCGGCCCUGUCAUGCUACAAAUAUCCAGAAUCUUCCAGACCCUCAAUCGCACAUAGAGCCUCCUGGUGACACCCCCACCCCCAUCCCGUGUAUGACUGUGGCAGCUUCGUGUGUAUGUGUUUGUGUGUUUGAUCACACUGAGGCGUACGCUUGCAUGUAUGAAUGUGUAUGUAUGAGCGUGGGAGAGACACAAGUAUUGUUUUUUGCCUUUUAAAGACAAAGAGAGAGGAGUCAAAGUAUGAAUGAAGAUGUUACAGAUAUAACUUAUUUAUAACAAUACAGUAAAAACACUUAUACAAAACAGAUGUUAACAUAAAGUUAUUAUUACAGUAAUAAUAUAAAUUGAGAUUUAGUAUAUUGUUUUUACAUUUUAAUGAUAACAAUUUAUAGGUAUGACAGACAUGAUUUAUUUUAUAUAAUUUGUCCACGUGUAAAAAUGACAUCAGACAUCAAUUUAAAGUUUACACUUCAACAAAAACUGUUUUCUAUGUUUUGCAAUAUUUAAAAAUCAACUGCAGUUUUCAGUGUCUCUUUAAAAUGUUUCAUCAGUGGUGAAUGUGUGGAAGACUUCUGUCAGUAUCACAUCUUCUUUUUCUUCUCCCUCUGUUUUAAUCAAAAAUCAGUGCUUUAUAACUGAGAGGAAAAAGUAGAGUCAAAGAGGAUUUUUAAAAAGAAAUCUUCAUUGAGCUUCUUCAAACAUAUUUAUUUGACUUUCUUGCCUUUUAGAGCAAAACUGUACACUAAAUCAUGUCUCAGUCAUGUUUUUACAAGAAGAUUUUAUAUUAGGCCUGUGUGUGUUUACUGUCGAUGUGCUCAUGAUUGUCAUAUUGUCAUGUUGCUCUCGUCUGGCACUUCUUCACCUCUAUGAAUAUCGCGUACCGCAGCACUAGUACAAGAAGAAAGAAGGGUUUGUGUGUUGUCUCAAAAGCAUGUACUGGUAGCGAAGAAGUGAAGCUUAUGACAAGGUGGUUGCCUUUUUAAACUUAAAUUUGAAUGAUGAAGAUGCAUGCUCGCUUCAUGCUUGAGAGGUGCGAGUGUCUUCAAACAUAUGUGGAAACAAUAGAAGUUGACAUGCAACCAAUUUCUAUGUUUUGAUUUGUUUUUUUGUUUUUUCCUUUUUUUUUUCUUCCUUUUUGAGAGCAACAAACAUUUAUGCUGUCAAACCAAAAUGUCACUGUAUAACCUGCCUUGUCAUUAGAUGUACCCAGUGGAGAAAAACCCUGUAUUUCUGUGCAAUAGCAAGGACUUCUGUUGACCUGUAUAGACAUAUAUUUGAGUGUUAGAGAUGUGUGAACUGCAAUGGGUAGUGUGUUAAUAAUAGCCUUUGCAUUGAGUACUUAAAGUCUCCAGAUACAUGAAGGAGAGCAUUGCCUCUCCUUGUUGUACAAGAGAUUUAAAAACAAUAUGGAGGGUGGUGUGUUUUGCCAAGUUUUUGAGUGUUUUUAUUCAAUAUUUAAAAUGUGGUGUUGAUGUGACUUUUUGCUCAGGGAGGCUGAGAUUGUUUUUCUAAACUUGUCGCUAUGGCAAACCUCUGCUCUACCCCCUUCUAGUUUGGCAUUUGAGAAAUGGCUUUAACUAAUCUGUGUAGAACUUUAUCUAUGAAUAAGAGCACCACAUCAAAUGGUUUGGUAAAUGCAAUAUUUGAAAAUAUUUAAAUGUUUUUAGAGAAAAUUGUCUGGUUGAACUAUAUAUUACAUUAUUUAUAUCAAAGCCAAACUAGUAAUAUGUUCAUAUUUAUAACAUUUUUAGCAAACCUUGAAGCUAAUCUACAAAUGUGAAAAAAUAUAAUGCUUCAAAUGUUGUUUUUACAAACCAUCAUUAAAAUGUGUUUAUGGACUGGUAGGUCACAGUGUGAUACAAAGUAAUGCAGCAUGUUUGAAUUUAUGGAAACCUUUCUGCACACUGUGCCCAAUUGGAAAUCUGUCAUGGCCAUCGUGACCAGUUGUCUCACCACCUCCAUGCUUUGCAUUGGCAUGAAUACCAAACUAUCUUUCCCUCUUAAUAUUCUGAUACGAACAUUGGGAGAUUGUACGCUUAAGGAAGAAAAAUGGCCACAGGAAAUGCUGAAAACGGUCAGAAGGAACCCGAACGAACAAAGUGAAUUUUAUUGCUAAGGGGCAGUGAAGAGGGAGUUGUUGGAGUCUGAUUAUUGUUUCACCCAGCCCACGUGUCGGACUGUCCCAGAUCAACAACCUAUGCAAUAUGCUCACAGUCUGUUCGUUCAAGCAGCCUAAUGGCUACUGGCAUCUAAAUCACUAUUGCAUUAAAAUUAUUUUUUGUGGUUGUA